CCCGCCCCUUGUCAGCAGUUGGAAAUGACAGUCUGAGUGGAGUAGGAGGAGGGAGAGGUCCGAUUAGCGACCAACAAGUCUGGACACCGAAACUCAAUUAGAGACAUAUAGCGCGAUUUGCCAAGUGGUUGGAAUAAAAACAACAUUUUACUACGAAUCCCCAGUUGGACUUAGCAGCUGAGAGGAGUACGUGGACGGCUCAGGGACGGAGAUUAGUCAGCGUUGAAUCACCUGGCUGUUGGCUGCUGGCUUUCUCACACACAAACAGUUGCGCUAACAUUACGGCGAUGGUGUCAUGGCUGCCCUGUUCACUGAGUUACCCUCCUAGAUCUACCACUUAUAUAACCAGUAUAUAACCUACACGUCUGUGGAAGCUGCUCAAACUCGGCCCAGCGGUAGCAGGAGGGAUGACGACCUCCCAUCUGAACGGCCACGUCGCUGGGGAGGGAGGCGGAGGAGGAGAUGAAGAGCUGAGGGGAGGACAGCAGCACCGGGAAAUGGCCGUCGACUGUCCAGGAGAGCUGGGGAGUCGAACGCUGCCGGUCCGAAGAUCCGCACAGCUGGAGAGAAUACGACAGCACCAGGAGGACCUUCGGCGUCGCAGAGAGGAGGAGGGUCGGCAGCUGGAUCUGAACGCCUCGCUCAGGCUCAGAAAGCUCUCCCAGAAUCCCCACAUCGGCAUCGACAACCCCACAUUCCUGCAAGACACAUACAUACCACAGCAGCCAGCAGCCGGCAGCCAACACGCACACGCACUGCUGGAGUUGGAGGAGUUGCUGCUGUCGCUGAAGCAGGUCCGGGGCUGCCUGUCGGACCAGCAGAGUCAGAAUGACAUAGAACUGGUUCUUGCACUGCUAAACAAGUCUGACUUCCAGUCAGCGCUGAAGAUCCAUAAUGCCGUGGCCACCAGCAUGCACCGACCCUCCCCUCCAUACCCCCACACACAGCAGGCUCUUCCUCUGGCCAUGGAGGUCAGGAAUCUCAUGCAGUCCAGUCAAAAUAAAGAAGGGAUGGAGCUCUACAGCCUGCUGUCAGACACACACGUCCAGUCGUUGCUCCUGGCCCAUGACAGCGUAGCAGAGAGUGAAAUGCAGCCUGAACCACUGCCUGCCCAAGGAGAAACCCUGACCCAGUGGGGAGGAGAGACGGUCAAGAUAGUUCGUAUCGAGAAGGCCCAAGACAUUCCACUGGGAGCCACUGUUCGUAAUGAGAUGGACAGUGUGGUGAUCAGUCGAAUUGUUCGUGGUGGAGCAGCUGAGCGCAGCGGACUUUUAUUUGAAGGAGAUGAAAUAUUGGAGAUUAACGGCAUCGAAAUCAGAGGAAAAGAUGUCAACCAAGUAUUCGACAUUCUUGCCGACAUGCAUGGCCUCUUGACCUUCGUGUUGAUUCCCAGCACUCAGAGCAAACCUCCUCCUGUUAAAGAGACUGUGAUCCAUGUAAAGGCACACUUUGACUACGACCCCUCAGACGACCCCUAUGUGCCAUGCAGAGAGCUGGGCUUAUCCUUCCAGAAAGGAGACAUUCUUCACAUUAUCAGUCAGUCUGACCCCAACUGGUGGCAGGCGUACAGGGACGGGGAUGAGGAUAACCAGCCGCUUGCUGGACUGGUACCAGGGAAGAGUUUCCAGCAGCAGAGAGAAGCCAUGAAGCAAACCAUAGAAGAAGACAAGGAGCCGGAGAAGUCUGGGAAGCUCUGGUGUGCCAAAAAGAACAAGAGAAAGAGAAAGAAGCUGCUUUAUAAUGCUCACAGGAACGAUGAUCCUGACAAUGAGGAAGUCCUCACCUAUGAGGAGAUGGCUCUGUACCACCAGCCGGCCAAUAGGAAGCGGCCGAUCGCCCUGAUUGGUCCAACCAGUUGUGGACAGGCGGAGCUCAGACAGAGACUGCUCAACAACCAAUCAGAGCGGUUUGCUGGAGCCGUCCCUCACACCACACGGAGCCGGAGGGAGGGAGAGCUGAGUGGGAGAGAUUACCACUUUGUUUCCCGUCAGACGUUCGAGGCAGAACUGGCAGCAGGGAAGCUGAUCGAGUCUGGCGAGUUUGAGAAGAACCUGUAUGGGACCAGUACAGACUCAGUGAGACAGGUCAUAAACACUGGAAAAAUCUGUGUGCUCUGUCUGCACACACAGGCUCUGAAGGUGCUGAGGAGUUCAGACUUGAAGCCUUACAUCAUCUUCAUCGCUCCACCAUCCCAGGAAAGACUUCGAGCCCUGCUGGCUAAAGACAACAAGAAUCCUAAGCCUGAGGAGCUGCGGGACGUCAUAGAGAAAGCCCGAGAGAUGGAGCAGAGCUGUGGACACCUGUUUGAUGCUGUCAUCGUCAACACGGACCAGGACAAAGCCUUCAACGAGCUGCUGCGACUCAUCAACAAGCUGGACACUGAGCCUCAGUGGGUUCCCUGCUCCUGGCUGCGCUGAAAACACUCAUCUCUGAUUAGUAGAAACAACCAGACCCUGAAACACUGCUGGGACUACAAACAAAGGUCAUGUCAGGAAAUAAACAAUCAGAGGUUUUGAGAAUUUGCAAUAAUUUGAUUUGUCUGAUGAAAUAUCACAAUUAGCAAGAGAAUGUGUUUUAAAAUGAAGUUACAAAAAGUCAUAACAAUGAUAGAUAAUGCUUUAAUUAUACAAGAACAAUGGUAGCUUUAUUUAGGGAAAUCAAGCUGUUCGAUCCAUUUAUAACCUUAGAAUAAAACUACAGAUUAUAAAAUGAGAUAAAGUUUGGAUUACUAGGAAAACAAUAUCCUAAAGUAGUAACUAUAUUCUAUUAGUCUGACAGGUUUGAGUUUUAAAUUCCUGAAGUCAUACAGAGAAUACGCGUAUUUCACAUCUAGUUACUGGUUUUGUGUCAGUGAUCUGAUGUGUGUGGAGCGUUUCAUUAGAUGAAGAAAACAGCAGCUUGGAGUGAAAAAUACUGAGGAGGAAUCAGAGAAAUAUCUGAUGCUGCAGAUAAAAAAGAAACGUGCUAUAAAAGAAAGACCUUCAGUGUUUGGUGUAAUGGCUUUUACUGCCACAAGGGGGAGACAAACAUUCACUCUGUUCUUCUAAUAUCUGCUCAUUUUACAGCUAAUUUCUUCUUAGACGACAACUUUACCUCCUGAUAUCAGGACCGCUGACAAAUCUGUGACUUCAGUCAAACUUUUUUUUCUAAAUUUUCAGCAUCUUUAAAUUAAGAUGUCUCAUAACCUAAACUUUUUCCAUAAAAUUACAGUUUUAUCUGAAAAUAUUGAACUUAAUACUAGAAAAUAUCCCUUUUUUGUCAGAAUGAAAUGAAAUUAUUCAAACUUUCUCAUUUCUUUCUUGUACAAUUCUGACAGUUUCUCAUAAAAAUACAACUUGAUCCUGAAAUACUUUAAAAUUUUAUCUUUAAAAUCAACUUUCUUUCUUGACUCUACUCUCAGAUUAGUUCCUGUUUGAAACUUUUUCCUGAUUAAAGCUCGACUUUAUUAAUGCAGUACUUUUAUCCUAUAAAAAGAAAUAAAGUUGUUUAGCAGUAAAUUAUUUGGGUUUAUUAAAAAACAACUUUUUUUCUAUAACUCUAACUUCUUUCUCAUCAUUGAGAAGUUUUUCUCAAAACCUCUGAUUCUGUUAUUUCCUACCGCUGAUCCUGAUACCUGUGGGGAGGAUUUUCAACCAAUCGGCUUCUUCCGUCUCGUGUUCACCUGGUGCCACUAACUGUGAGAGGUAGAAGUACAUUUAUGUGUUGAGCGCCGUGAAAAAGGAACCCCUCACACUGAUGCUGAAGGUGCCUGACUGAUCCGUGAUGUUUUCAGUCUGACACACGGAGCAGGAAUCCAGAGGUCUGCUGUAGUUUUUAUCUCCUCGGCUUCAUCCUGUCGUCAUUUCAAGCAUCGUGGUUAAAAACGACACGCAAAGAAUCGAUGUAAACAUUUGAUUUAGAAUUAAAUCCUCUUCUAUGUUUUAUUUUUGUUAAAGACUGUGGCUUGAUGUCCAGCUGUGAAACCCACUCAUGUUGACAUUUAGAAGUUUUAUCUCCACUGAGCCGCUGCGUUUCUGAAGAACACCGUAGACACCAGGACCAGCGGCUGAGCUCCUGUUUCUGGAUCUCCUGGUAAAAUGGACACUACUGCAGUAAACGCUAGAUUAAAGGACCACGGCACUUGAUUUGUUUCUUUAUGUUUGGUUUUCCUGACUGACUGGUGGCAGAUGGUCCUGUCAGCUGACUGCUUUCUGUCUGAUCACAUUUAGUCAACGUUCAGCCUGAUGGAGGAGCAGGCCGAUGUUUCUUUGUGUUCCGGUUUGGCACAUGAUGCUGGAUCCAUUAAAUAUUUAGCGUGUGUGUGUGUGUGUGUCUGUGUGUGUCUGGGGGUGCGUGUGUGUGUGUGUGUGCACCUGUCUGUAAAGGCAGUGAAGUAUUAUCAUGACCUGAAGUAGACCUGUCACCACUGUGUAGAGCAUUUAUAUAUUUGUAAUAUUGGAAAUAGAUUUAUGAAGUCCAGAAGGCACCACUAGGAUUGGAGGUUCCGACCCGCUCGCCUCCCUGCCAUUGGUCCAGGAGGAUGAGGGGGUGGAGCCAAGUGAAAUUAAAUGUAUUGAAUGUAAAGUUAAUUGAUGCCACUUCUUGUUUAUCAGACGUUGCUUCUUCCUGAGAAAAACUGCUUUUUGUAUGAAUAUUCACAAUGAAUAAAUAAAUAGAUGAUUGAUAGAAAACAA